CAUCUUCGUUUUGCACAGAGACCAGAUUUGAAUGAAAAGUUCUACAAAAUGAGUGGAAAACCAGAACCAAUGGCUGUCUUUUCAGUCUUUCAGACAACGUUCCUCUUGGCAUUGCUGUCCUUGAGAAUGUACCAGAGUCAAGUCUUCUCUGAACCCUUGCCAUUGGCCCCUAAAUCACUGGAAAUUUCCAUCGAUUCUACACAUCAACGUUUGCAUUUACAAUGGAGAGUCCACAACCUUGCUUAUCAUCGGGAAUUAAAAAUGGUUUUCCAGAUAGAAAUCAGUAGAAUUAAAACAUCUAAUGUCAUCUGGGUGGAGAACUAUAGCACCACCGUGAAGUGGAACCAAGUUCUGCGCUGGAGCUGGGAAUCCCAGCUCCCUCUGGAAUGCACACAGCACUUUGUAAGAAUGAGGAGUGGGGCGGCUGAUGCCCAGAUCCCCGAGCCGAGGUUCUGGGGUGACUGGACUUCGUGGGAGGAAGUAGCUGUGCAGAGUUCUCUUGGACACCACCCAUUGUCCGUUUUCCCUAAGGAUAAGCUGGUGGAAGAAGGCUCCAAUGUCACCGUUUGUUACGUUUCUAGGAGCCAUCACAAUAACAUAUCCUGUUAUUUGGAAGGCAUACAGAUUCACGGAGAACAACUUGAUCCUAACGUCUGUGUGUUCCACUUGAAUAACGUUCCUUUCAUUAGGGACACUGGAACAAACAUGUACUGUAAGAUGGACCCAGGAGGCGUUAUAAAAGGCAUCGUUCUCUUUGUGUCAAAAGUAUUCGAGGAGCCCAAGGAUUUUUCUUGUGAAACCCGGGACUUGAAGACGUUGAGCUGUACUUGGGAUCCCGGGAAGGACACUGGCUUGCUCACACAGCUUUCCCCAAGCUACACUUUAUUCGAAUCGUUUUCUGGGAAAAAGGUAAUUUGUACGCACAAAAGCUGGUGUGAUUGGCAAGCAGCUCCAGACUCCCAAGAAAUGUACAACUUCACACUCACGGCUGGAAACGACUUAAGGAAGAGAAGUGUUCAUCUUCUUUUCAACCUGACUCAUCGAGUUCACCCAAUGGCUCCCUUUAAUGUACUCUUUAAAAAUGUCAGCCCCACAAAUGCCGCCAUGACCUGGAGGGUCCACUCCAUUGGAAAUUAUUCCACGCUGUUGUGUCAGGUUGAACUCUAUGGUGAAGGAAAAGUGAUACAAAAGCAGAAUGUUUCCGUUGUGGCGAAUGGUGAGCUCUUGGUAAGGAACCUGGAGCCCUACACAGAGUACGUGGCCCAAGUGCGCUGCGCGCAUGCCAGCCACUUCUGGAGAUGGAGCGAAUGGACUCGUGACAACUUCACCACGGCUGAAGCUGCUCCCUCAGAGGCGCCUGACGUCUGGAGAGAAGUGAAGUCAGUGCAGGGACAUCGUGUUGUGACUUUAUUCUGGAAGCCACUAUCAAAAUUGCAGGCCAAGGGGAAGAUUCUGUUCUAUAAUGUAGUUCUAGAAAAUCUAGAUGGACCAUCCACCAUGAAGCUCCUCUCCAUUCCUGCCCCGGCCAAUUGCACAGAACUAGCCCUCGACCACCAUUCUUACCAAAUCCAUGUCACCGCUAAUAACAGCGUGGGCACGUCCCCUGCUGCGGUCAUCACCCUGUCCAGAGACCCUGGAAACAAGGACGUUGAAGAAGCAAGAGUUAAAGGCACAAAGGAUGGAUUCUCUCUGUCUUGGAAACCCCAACCCAGAGAUGUCACGGGCUACAUCGUGGAGUGGUGUGAGCAUCCCAGGGACCCACGCUGUGAUCUCCAGUGGAAAAGCCUAGGUCCCAACACCACGAGCACAGUUGUUAGCUCAGAUGCCUUUAGACCGGGGGUCCGAUACAACUUCAGAAUUUAUGGAAUUUCUACAGAAAGGAUUCCUUAUUUAUUAGAGAAGAAAACAGGAUACUCUCAGGAACUGGCUCCUUCUGACAGCCCUCAGGUGCACAUUGGCAACCUGACCGCCUCCUCCUUUACUCUGAGCUGGAAGGGCUGGCCCGCCGAGCCCCAGCCCGGGUUCCUACGAGGAUACUCCCUCUAUCUGAAGUCCAAGGCUGUGCAGUGCCUCCCGGGAUCUGAGAAGGCGGUUCUUCCAGAUGGUUCAGUAUGUUGCAAAUACAAAAUUGACAACCCCAAACAGAAGACAUUUGUCGUGCAGAACCUACAGCCGGCGUCCUUCUACGAGUUUUUCCUCACGCCGUACACCAGUGCUGGCGAGGGCCCCCUCGGCACUUUUACAAAGGUCACAACUCAGGACGAAUACUCCCGUAUAUUGAUACGUAUACUAGUCCCCAUGAUCCUCUGCAUUUUGCUCCUCACGAUCUUAUGCUACCUGAAAAGUCAAUGGAUGAAGGAGAAGUGUUACCCUGACAUUCCAGAUCCUUACAAGAGCAGCGUUCUAUCAUUAAUAAAAUCCAAGGAGAACCCUCGCCUAACAAUAAUGAACGUCAAGGACUGUGUUCCAGAUGCUAUUGAAGUCAUAAACAAGCGGGAAGGUGCUAGGAAGUCACUCAUAGAAACGGAACCCACCAAGCCCACCUACCUUCACCUCCUCCCGACAGAGAAGAGCUACCCGGGGCCUGGGCCCUGCAUCUGUUUUGAGAACUUCACCUAUAAUCAGGCAGCUUCUGAGUCUUGUGGCCCUGUCCCGGGACCCCCUAAGGAGCAGCCAAGUCAGCUGGGACUGUUGACGUCAUCUGAAAAUGUCCUAAAGGCACUAGGAAAAACUUAUGUCAACUCCCUAGGAGAAAUCCCAGCUGGAGAAACGAAUUUGAAUUAUGUGUCCCAGUUGGCCUCACCCCUGUGUGGAGACAAGUCCAGUCUCCCCACGAAUCCACCAGAGCCAGCACUGUGUUCAGAGUAUAAAAUGCAAAUGGCCAUACCCAUGGGUCUGGCCUCUCCUCCCUCGAUCACCCCUUUAGAUGAAGACAUCACCGUGCAAAGCUAUACACAGACCGGGAAGCUCUGUGUUCGCUCAGCACAGCGUUGUCUCCCGGAACCAGUAUGUACAAGGCACCAGGGGCACAGCAGGCCUUCAGCACAGGCUGUGCUGGAAACAACACCGCCUCUGCCACCACAUGCCCUGCUCUCGCAUCAGCACCGCACAGCCAAGACCGAAGCAGAAGACCCACGCCUCCGAGUAAAGUGGCUGUCAGCUGGCCCAAAUGGGCCAACACAAACGGGGCUUCUGUUCAGGCUUUUCAACCUUUUCCAUACACAGCACUAAACGUUUUGCUGGGGAAACUGGGCAUGUACUCCUAACGUCAUAUAAUACGUUUUGGGGACCAGUAUUGUCAUCAUUUAGCCUCCUUGCUCCUUUCUCAUGAUGCAACUAUACAAGUAGCAAAGGCCGUGAAGACAGAUUUAUAAAGUGUCUUUCAUAUGGAUUUUCUUUUAACAACAACCCACAAAACCUUGAAGUCAUCUUUGUCGCAAAAAGCAUUUUGUCACAACUGCAUUUUGUGUUUUCUCUACCUCAAUGCGAUGAAAACUUAACAGUAAGUGUAGCCAAUAAGUCACCUCAUGAGCUUACUAAAAACAUAAAUUUUGGGGUACCACUCCAAACCUCAUCAGAAUCUCUGUGGCUUGAGACCCAAACUAUGUAUUUCAUCAGCUCCCUCCCAGGCAUUUGGAUGCACAUGCAACUCAGAAUCAUAUAGCAAAAUACCAACCAGAAAUGUGGGGCUACGUGACUUUAUGCUUACAGUAUCACUAGGACUGCGGUUUUGGCUACAAAGAUUCUCCCGUGACCCUAACACCAAAUGUGGUUAGAUUUAAAACCUUUGUCAAUACUAUAUGCCAUCUAACAGCAUUAAACAAUGUUCUUGAGAACCUU